CUAAUUGCUUAGAUGCCAAGUAAUUGUUCAGACUCGUCAACGUCCCCGCAGUGUCAACCGGCCGCGGGACCUUGACGCGCGGGAAGCGUAAAGCAAGUGAUCUGACGACCGAGGCUCUACUCGCUUUUAUAUCACAUCUACUCAAUUCCAAACAUUGCAACUUGCUCAAGCCAUUCGGCGCGACUACACGCAAAACUUCAUUCGCGACUGCCCCGGCUUUCUUGGACCGGGCUGCGCUCGCGGCCUUCGCUCCAACGACAGCGCAAUCUACCACAACUCAGCGUUUCAGCGAACACCGCCGCAGCCGAUGAUGCUGCGACGUCGUGUUAGCUUCUACUAGUCCUACAGACCUACUUGACCCUUCCCCUUCAACCUUGUGGAGCACCGGCGCGGCUGGUGUCUUCGCGCCCAACCCCCUCAACAUCAGUUAGCUCGUCCGCUUCAGCACCAGCGCGAGCAGCAUGGCAGGAGACGUGGAGGUGCUGCCAGCGGACGCGCCCGCCGGCCCCGCGCCGGCAGCCGCAACCAGCGCCAACGGCGGUCCCGGCGGCAACGGCGCCGCAGCCGCCCACGGGCGCACCGGGUCCCAAAGCGACAGCCUAUUCGGCGCCGGAUCCUCCUCCUCCAGCGCCCUCCACGCCGCACUCAGCGGCCAGGGCUCGGCGGCGGCGCGCAAGGCGGCGGCCGGUGGCGGCGGCGGCGGUGGCGGCGGCGCGGGCGCCCCCCGCCGCAUCCCCUCCCUGUCCAAACAGCUGGAGCAGUACGUGCAGGAGCUGGGCGGGGAUCGGCCCAUCUACAGUGUGCUGGUGGCUAACAACGGCCUGGCCGCGGUCAAGUUCAUGAGGUCGGUGAGGUCGUGGGCGUCACAGGCCCUCGGUAACGCCCGCGCGGUGUCGCUGGUGGCUCUGGCCACACCCGACGACAUGCGCAUCAACGCCGAGCACAUCAGCCUGGCAGACCAGUUCGUGGAGGUCCCGGGCGGCACCAACAACAACAACUAUGCCAACGUGGAGCUCAUUGUGCAGAUCGCGCGGCGGGCGGGCGUGGACGCCGUGUGGCCCGGCUGGGGCCACGCCAGUGAGAACCCCGAGCUGCCCUCCGCACUGGCCGCACACGGCGUCAGGUUCCUGGGGCCGCCCGCGGGACCCAUGGCGGCACUGGGCGACAAGAUCGGCUCCACGCUGCUGGCCCAGGCGGCGGGCGUGCCCACCCUGCCCUGGAGCGGCAGUGGCGUGGAGGUGAGCGUGGAGGAGGUGCGGGCGGCGGGCGGCGCCAUCCCGCACCACACCUACGCCGCCGCCUGCAUCGACACAGAGGACGUGGAGGCAGCGGCGGCGGCCUGCCGCAAGGUCGGCUACCCGGUCAUGCUCAAGGCGUCGUGGGGCGGCGGCGGCAAGGGCAUCCGCAAGGUCAGCUCGGACGAGGAGGUGCGGUCCGUGUUCAAGCAGGUGGCGGGCGAGGUGCCGGGCUCGCCGCUGUUCGCAAUGAAGCUGGCGCCGCAGUCACGACACCUGGAGGUGCAGCUGCUGGCAGACAUGCACGUGGAGCACCCCGUGACGGAGGGCAUCACGGGGGUGAACCUGCCCGCCUGCCAGCUGCUGGUGGGGUGUGGCGUGCCGCUGACACGCAUCCCCUACAUCCGGGCGUUGUACGGCCGAGACCCGCGCGGCGCCGAGCCCUUUGACCUGGAGACCACGCCGCAACGGCCGCCGGAAGGGCACGUGGUGGCGGUCCGUGUGACCGCCGAGGACGCCGCCGACGGCUUCAAGCCCACCGCUGGCCGCAUCGACGAGCUGCACUUCCGCCCCACGCCCGACGUGUGGGGCUACUUCAGCGUCAAGAGCGGCGGCGGCAUACACCAGUACAGCGACUCACAGUUCGGGCACCUGUUUGCGCGCGGCGAGAGCCGCGAGGCCGCGCUGCGCUCCAUGGCUGCGGCGCUGCGCGACUGCGUGACGGUGCGCGGCGAGAUCCGCACCACCACCGACUACGUGCUGGACCUGCUGGCCACACCCGAGCUCACGGGCAAUGCGGUGCACACGGGCUGGCUGGACAGCCGCAUCGCGGCGCGCAUCAAGCCCGGCCGCCCGCCCUGGCACAUCAGCGUCAUAGCGGGCGCCGUGGUCAAGUCCGCCGCCGCCGUGGCCGCCGCCUCCUCCGAGUACCUGGGCUACCUGGCCAAGGGGCAGCUGCCGCCCCCCGGCAUCAGCCUCAUGCGCCUGGAGCACAACAUGGUGAUCGAGGGCUUCAAGUUCUGUGUGAGCCUGGUCCGGCGCGGGCCGGGGCUGGCGGCGGUGGGGCUCAACGGCCGCAGUGUGGAGGUGGCCUACCGCAAGAUGGGCGACGGAGGAUUCCUGCUGCAGGUGGACGGCGAGUCGCAUGUGGUGCACUACGAGGACGAGGCCGCCGGCACCCGGCUGCUGGUCAACGGCCUGACGGUGCUGCUGGCGGCGGAGGCCGACCCCUCCCGACUCACCGCCUCCAGCCCGGGCAAACUGGUGCGGCGGCUGGUGCCCAGCGGGGGGCGCGUGGAGCGGGACCAGCCCUACGCCGAGGUGGAGGUGAUGAAGAUGGUGAUGCCGCUGCUGUCGCCCGCCGGCGGCGUGCUGCGCUGGGUGGUGCCCGAGGGCGGCGUGCUGGGGGCGGGGGAGCUGCUGGCGCAGCUGGAGCUGGACGCGGGGGCGGUGGUGGCGGCGCCAGAGCCCUACCCCGGCACCUUCCCGGAGCUGGGGCCGCCGCAGAUCAAGAGCGGGCUGGUGAAUGCGGUGCUGGCGGAGGCGCAGGAGGCGGCCCGGGCCAUACUGGCGGGCUUCGUGGGGCAGCCCGACGAGGUUGUGGAGCAGCUGGUGUGCUGCCUGGACUCGCCCGCACUGGCGCUGAUGCAGUGGGGCGCCGAGUUCGCGGUGGUGCGCGGCCGAAUGCCGGGGGCCCUGGCGGCGGCGCUGGAGGCGGCGGUGGCGCCGCACGCAGCUGACGUGGCGGCGGCGGAGGAUGCGGCGGAGGCGGCGGCGGCGGCCGCGGAGGCGGCGGAGGCGGAGGCGGCGGCCGCGGCGGCGGAGGCGGGCGGCGUGAUGUCGCCGGGCGGCGGCAGCACGGGCGACGGCGAGGAGGCGGGCGCGCUGGCGGCGGCGGCGGCGCUGGUGCGGUGCGGCGACUUCCCCUCGGCGGCGGUGCUGGAGGUGAUGGAGCGGGCGCUGCAGGAGUCCUCCGCCGCCGACCGGGCCGGACUGGUGGCGGCGCUGGAGCCGCUGCUGAGGCUGGCGCGGGCACACGCCGGCGGACGACAGGCCUACGCGCGCAGUGUGGUGGGCGACAUGCUGGAGAGCUUUCUGUCCGUGGAGGAGGCCUUCACCGCAGCCAGGAGGGAGGGCGCCGGCGGCGCGGAGGCGGUGGAUGCGCUGCGCAAGCGGCACGCGGGCAAGCUGUCCGUGGUGCUGGACCUGGUGAUCAGCCACCAGGGCCUGGCGCUCAAGUCUCAGCUGGUGCUGGGCCUCAUGGCGCGACUGGUGCUGCCCGCGCCCGCGCAGUACCGCCCGCUGCUGCGGCGGCUGGCGGCGUUGGGCGGCGGCGGCGGCGGCAAGGGGCUGGGGGAGCUGUCGGCGAGGGCGGCGCAGCUGCUGGAGCAAAGCCUGCUGGCGGACCUUCGCUCGGUGGUCGCCCGCGCGCUGUCCGGUCUCGACAUGUUCACCACCACCACACCCGGAGGAGCGGGCUCCGCUGGCGGCGGAGAAGCCGGCGGCGGCGGCGCCGCCGCCGCCGUCGCCAGCCCCGGCUCCGCCGGCGGCGCGGCGCUCACGCGCAGCACCUCCCGCGGCGGCGGCGCCGCCGGUGUGACAUCACCGGCGGCAGUUGCGGCGGCGGCGGCGGCGGCGGGCGCGCUGAUGGGCAGCAGCCCGCGCAGCGGCGGCGGCUUUGACAUGCUGGGGGUCCUCAGUCCCACAUCGUCGUCGGCGGCGGCGGGCGUGACGUCACCCAUGGGUCCUGGCGGUGGUGGUGGAGGCGGUGGAGGUGGUGGUGUGGUCCGGCGCAGCACAGUGGCUGAGGGCGUCUUCAGCGGCCUGCCUGUCAGCUCGCGCGGCAGCGUCCACGUGACCUCGGGUCUGGAGGCGCAGGUGGAGCGGCUGGUGGGUGCCUCGGCGGCGGUGGAGGACGCACUGGCGGGGCUGGCGGUGGACGCCGCGGGGGCGCCGCCGCCACUGCGCCGCCGUGCCGCGCUCACCUACGUCAAGCGCCUCUACUCGCCCUUCCUGCUGCGGGAGCCGCUGGUGCAGAACAUACACGCCGCACACGCACACGGCGCCCCGGGGGCGGCGGCGGCUGGCGGAGGGGACGGCUCGCUGCUGGCGGUGUGGAUGUACGACGACCCCUCCCUCGCCAACACCCCCGCCGCCACCCAGCGCCUGGGCGCACUGCUGCUGCUGGACCGACUCACAGCCCUGCCGCCCGCCCUCACAGCACUCGGCGCCGUACUGGAAGCUCUACGGGCUGACGCCGCCGCCACCGGCGGCGCCCCUGCCGUCAGCACCCUACACGUCGCGCUGGCGGCGCCGCCGGCAGGCGGCGCAGCCGCCGCCGCCGCCGGCAACGGCGGCGGCGGUGUCGGCGGCGGCGGCGGCGGCCGCCACAGCCGUACGCCGUCGCUCCCGGGGCCGUCGCUGAUCACGCUGGGCCUGGGUGCGGGCGCCGACGAGGCGUCGGCGGCGGCGCUGGAUGCCUUGCUACCGCCGGCGGAGCAGGGCGUGGAGGCGUCGCGCGCCACCGCCGCCGACGCCGCGGCGGCGGUCGCGGGCUCGGCGGCGGCGCUGCGCGCGCUGGGCUUUGGCGCCGUCAGCGUGUUGGCUCAGGGCACCACUGCCGCGCCGCUGCGGCUGGGCUGGCGCUGGGUGCCCGCCUCUGCCACAUCCGCCUCCCCUGCCGCCGCCGCCUCUUCCGCCGCCGCAGCCGCCGCAGCCGCCGCCAUCCCUGCUGACGGCGGCGCCUACCAGCCCGACUCUUUCAUGUCAGCCGUGGAGCCGAUCACAGCCAACCUGCUAGAACUAUCAAGCCUGGCCGCCGCCGCCGCCGUCGGCGCCGGCGGCGCCGCCGCCGGCGGCCGCGCCGGCGUGCCGCCGGCCGGCCCGUCGGCGCCGUCAGGCGCCGGCGGCUCCGCCGCCGCCGCCGUCAUUGGCGGCGGCGGUCUUGUGUACCGCCCCAGCCGCAACCGGCAGUGGCACUUGUACACGGCGGUAGAGCGGCGGGAUGCGCGCAGUGCGCCGCUGCGGCGGCUGUUUGUUCGCGGGCUGGUGCGCGGGCUGGGGCACCCGGCGCUGCUGGCGGCCAGCUACAGCGGCAACGGCGGCGCGGUGGCGGCGGCGGCGGUGAACGAGCUGGAGGAGACGCUGGUGUCCUGCCUGGACGAGCUGCAGCGCUCCGCCGCCGCCGCAACCGCCGCAACCGCCACAACCGUCGCCGCCGCGCCAACCGACACAACCGCCAACCGCCCCGACUGGACGCAUGUGUUCAUGUCUGUGCUGCCGCCGCUGCCGCUGCCGCCCGGCGGGCGGGAUGACGCGCGGGUGGCGGCGGCGCUGCGCAGCGCGGCGGCGGCGGUGGUGGCGCGUCACGGCAGCGCGCUGCGGGCGGCGGCGGUGGCGGUGUGGGAGGUGCGGCUGCGCGGGCCGCUGCGCGAGGGCGCCUGGCGCGUAGUGGUGUCCAUGCCCACCGGCCACGAGCAGGGCGAGGAGCACGUGGAGGUGUACCGCGAGGCGCUGCAGGCCGCGUACCUGCAGUCAACCGCCGCCGCAACCGCCGAGCCAACCGCCGCAACCGCCGCCAUCUCGCCGGCGGCGGCGGCGCUGCUGGUGCAGCCGCUGCGCGUGUACGUGCCGGCGCUGCAGUACGCGUCCGUCGUACCGCCCGCCGGCGGCGGCACGGGAUUGUACGGCGGCGGCGCCCACCACAUGUUGGGAGGGCUGCACGUGCACGUGCCGUACCACGGCGGCCACAUCGUGUCGCUCAGCGGCAACCACCGCGGCGGCUCCGGCGGCGGCGUGAUGAGUCAUCUCAACCACCUGCACCGUCAGCAGUCCGGCGGCGGCGGCGGCGGCGGCGGCAGCGGCGCGCCGGCGGCCGGCGGCGGCGGGCAGCUGGCGGGCGUGGUGGUUGGCAGCCCGUACCCGCCGUUGGAGCCGUUACAACAGAAGCGGUUGGCGGCGCGCCGCCAUAACGUGACGUACGUGUACGACUUCCCCGCAGUAUUCGAGGCGGCGUGUCGGGACAUCUGGGCGGCCCGGGCGGCGGCAGGCGAGCCAAACAGCGCGCCCCCCGCCGGGCGCCUGGUGGAGGCCGUGGAGCUGGUGCUGCCGCCCACACCACCACCGGGGCCGCCCACACAACCCCACGGCCCGGCAUCAGCAUCAUCAGAAUCAGCAUCAGCAUCGUCAGCAGCAGCAGCAUCAGCAGCGGCGGCUGCGGCGGCGGCGGCGGCGGUGGCGGCGCAGCCCUGCGCCGACUUCCGUCGUCCUCCGCGGCUGCGUCCUGCUCCUGCGGGUCGGGCGGCUGUGGGCGGCAACGACUGCGGAAUGGUGGCGUGGCUGAUGGCGCUGAGGACACCCGAGUGCCCGCAGGGCCGCUCCGUGAUCGCGGUGGCCAACGACAUCACGUGGGGCAGCGGCAGCUUCAGCCCGGCCGAGGACGCCGUGUUCCGCGCGGCCUGUGAGGCAGCGCUGGAGGAGCGGCUGCCGCUGCUGUACCUGGCGGCAAACGCGGGGGCGAGGGUGGGGCUGGCGACAGAGGUCCGCGACUGCCUGCAGGUGCAGUGGGCCGACCCGGCCGCCCCCGAGCAGGGCUGGGACUACCUGUUCCUCACAGAGCGCGACUACAGCCGGCUCACACGCGACACGCCGCCGGGGGGCACGCCCGUCGUGAGGGCAGAGCCUGUGCCCGCCCCGGCCGGCGCGCCCGACGCCGGCUGCACUCGCUGGCGGCUGUUGGAUGUGGUGGGGUCGGAGGACGGGCUGGGUGUGGAGUGCCUGAGCGGCAGCGCCGCCAUCGCCUCGGCCUUCUGCAGGGCCUGGCGCGAGGGCUACACCGCCACACUGGUGUCGGGCAGGACUGUGGGCAUUGGCGCCUACCUAGCCCGCCUGGGCCGCCGCUGCAUCCAGCGCCUGGACCAGCCCAUCGUGCUCACAGGCUACGCCGCACUCAACAAGCUGCUGGGGAGGCAGGUGUACACGAGCCACAUGCAGCUGGGCGGGCCGCGGGUCAUGGGCGUCAACGGCGUGUCGCAUGCGGUGGUGGGGGACGACUUGGAGGGCGUGCGGCUCAUGCUGAGCAUGCUGGCCUUCGCGCCGCCGCAGCUGGGCGCGCCGCCGCCCGCGCUGCCCUCCGCCGACCCGCCGGGUCGAGCCGUGGCCUACUGCCCCGGACCCGGGGAGAAGCUGGACCCGAGGGCGGCCAUUGCAGGCCGCGAGGUGGCGCCCUUCCCCGCCUCCGCCACCACCCCCCACCCCAGCACCAGCACCCACCCCAGCACCCACCACGCCCACACCAGCUCCAGCGCCUGGCAGAGCGGGCUGUUCGACCGCGGCAGUUGGCUGGAGAGCCAGGCGGGCUGGGCGCGCACGGUGGUGACGGGGCGGGCGCGGCUGGGCGGUCUGCCGGUGGGGGUGAUCGCGGUGGAGUCGGCCACGGUGAUGCGGCAGCAGCCAGCGGACCCCGGCAUGCCCGACAGCUGCGAGACCAUCGUGCCGCAGGCGGGGCAGGUAUGGUUCCCCGACUCGGCCGAGAAGACCGCGGCCGCCAUGGAGGAGUACGACGCCGAGGGGUUGCCGCUGUUUAUACUGGCCAACUGGCGCGGCUUCAGCGGCGGCAUGAGGGACCUGUUCGACGGCGUGCUGCAGGCGGGCAGCCUGAUUGUGGAGCGGCUGCGGGUGUACCGGCAGCCGGUGUUUGUGUACAUCCCGGCGGGCGCGGAGCUGCGCGGCGGGGCCUGGGUGGUGGUGGACAGCCAGAUCAACGCCGCAGCGGUGGAGGUGUACGCGGACCCGGGCGCGCGGGGUGGUGUGCUGGAGCCGGAGGGCGUGUGCGAGAUCAAGUUCCGCACACCCGACCUCAUCAAGAUGAUGCACAGAGUGGACCCGGUCAUUGCCGCCGCACGCGCCGCCGGCACGCCCGCCUCCGACCCCGCCAUUCGCGCCCGCGAGCGCGAGCUGCUGCCCACCUACGGCCGCAUCGCGCGGGCCUUCGCGGACAUGCACGACACCCCCGUGCGCAUGGCGGCCAAGGGCGUGCUCACCGCCAUCGUGCCCUGGGCAGGCGCGCGCGCCUUCUUCGCCACGCGGCUGCGGCGGCGGCUGCUGGAGCAGCAGCUGCUGCGGCACGCCGCCACCACCGACCCCUCGCUCACGCCCGAGCGGGCAGAGGCGCUGCUACUCGCCUGGCGGGAGGCGGCGGAGGCGUCCGCCGGCGCGGCGGCGGAGGGCUACGGCGGCAGCGGAGGCGGCGGCAGCGGAGGCGGAGGCGGCGGAGGAGGAGGAGGAGGAUCGUCGUACGGCGACGCAGUCGGCGGAGGUGGCGGCGGUGAUGGAAACCCAAUGUCUCCGACCUCGGCGGCGCUGGAGCAGCAGCUGCGGGGUAGUGGCAGUAGCGGAGCCGCCGCCGCCGCCGGCAGUAGCAGUGGCGGCAGCGGCCGGCCUGGCGCUGCUACUGCCGGCGGCGGGCGGCUGCUGACUGACACGGUGUCGGCUGAGGCGUGGGCGGCGCGCGACCGGGCGUUCCUGGCGUGGGCGGAGAGCCCGGCGGGGCGGGCGCAGAUCGCGGGCGAGCUGAGGAGCAUGCGGUGCAGCGCGGCGGAGGAGCUGGUGGCGCAGGUGCUGGGCACCGUGGAGGGCAAGGAGGGGCUGCUGCACGCGCUGCAGGCCGCCAUACAGCGCGACGGCAUGUUGGCGCUGCAGCUCAGGCUGCUGCUGCAGGCAGGAGCGGCGGCGCCCGGAGGCACGAGUGGCGCCCCGGGGCCGGGGCCGGGCGCGGGUGCGGGUGCUGGGUCGGCGGCGCCGGUUGCGGGUCCGGGGGCAGGUGGGGGUGGGCUGAACGGGCCAACGGCGCAGGCGCAGGCGCCGUAGUGGAGGUGAGGUGCAUGAUGUGAUGAUGGGUCUGAGGCCUGAGUCUGGCAGGUGGAAAUUGUGAAGAUUGAAAGCGGGAUGCGCUGGAUUUUGACGAAGUGGAGAUGCGGUGCUGCAAUAUCCAGCACGGUCCGGCCGCUUCGGAGGUGGGUGCAUCCGGUCACGAGACGACGGCAGACGCGUCAUGCAUGAGCCAGUUGCUUCAAGUUGAGGUUGUCGGUGUGAGGGCGGUCUAUCUGGCGGUGCUAUUGCUGAGCAAGUCUGUUGGCGUGAGGCAUUGAAUUGGAGUGCCAGCCAGGACUCAAGCGAACAGUUGAGUGCUGCAACGCGGCUACACGCGGUCUGAUUGAAUGGGACCGUACAGGCAGGAGGCAGCACACCGAUUGUAACAUGGUUGCACC